AGGAAAGCAGCAGCAAUGCCCGACUCCCCAGCCGAGGUGAAGACGCAGCCCCAGUCCACACCUCCCAGCAUGCCGCCACCGCCGCCCACCGCAGCCCAGGGAGCCUCACGACACACCUCCUUCACACCCCACACACAUCGAGAGGACGGGCCUGUGACGUUUCUGCCCCAUGGCCGUUUUCAUGGCUGCUUAAAAUGGUCUAUGGUCUGUCUCUUGAUGAACGGCAGCAGCCACUCACCAACAGCCAUCAAUGGCGCCCCGUCCACACCCAAUGGCUUCAGCAAUGGCCCAGCCACCUCAUCCACGGCCUCCCUGUCCACUCAGCACCUGCCUCCAGCCUGUGGCGCGCGGCAGCUCAGCAAACUCAAGCGCUUCCUCACCACCCUGCAGCAGUUCGGCAGUGACAUCUCCCCAGAGAUAGGGGAGCGGGUGCGCACCCUGGUGCUGGGGCUCGUGAACUCCACGCUGACCAUCGAGGAGUUUCACUCCAAGCUUCAGGAGGCCACCAACUUCCCUCUGCGGCCGUUCGUCAUCCCCUUCCUGAAGGCCAACCUGCCCCUGCUGCAGCGCGAACUUCUGCACUGUGCCCGCCUGGCCAAGCAGACGCCUGCCCAGUACCUGGCCCAGCACGAGCAGCUCUUGCUGGACGCCAAUGCCUCUUCACCCAUCGACUCCUCAGAGCUCUUACUGGAAGUCAAUGAGAACAGCAAGAAGAGGACCCCUGACAGGACCAAAGAGAAUGGGUCAGACCGUGACCCGCUGCACCCUGACCACCUCAGCAAACGGCCGUGCACCCUGAGCCCUGCCCAGCGCUACAGCCCUAGCAAUGGGCUGAGCCACCAGCCCAAUGGGCUGGCCCACCCCACACCACCGCCCCCCCAGCACUAUCGCCUCGAGGACAUGGCCAUGGCCCACCACUUUCGCGACUCCUACCGCCACCCUGAUCCCCGGGAGCUACGGGAACACCAUCGGCAAAUUGCGGUGCAUGGGUCCCGGCAAGAGGAGGUCAUCGACCACAGGCUUACAGACCGUGAGUGGGCUGAGGAAUGGAAGCAUCUCAACAACCUCCUAAACUGCAUCAUGGACAUGGUGGAAAAAACACGGCGCUCACUGACUGUCCUGCGCCGGUGCCAGGAGGCCGACCGUGAGGAGCUCAACCACUGGCUGUGGCGCUACAGUGACACCGAAGAUCUGAAGAAGGGCCCCCCGCCCAGUGCACGCCCCCUCAGCAGCUCUGCAGAGGGGCUUCCGGCAGACGCCCACCGGGAGUUCGUGCCCAGGACCCUUUCCGGCUACAUGCCUGAGGAGAUCUGGAGGAAGGCUGAGGAGGCAGUGAACGAGGUGAAGCGGCAGGCCAUGUCAGAGCUGCAGAAGGCCGUGUCAGACGCUGAGCGCAAGGCCCAUGAACUCAUCAGCACAGAGCGCGCCAAGAUGGAGCGGGCACUGGCCGAGGCCAAGCGGCAGGCCUCUGAGGAUGCGCUGACCGUGGUCAACCAGCAGGAGGACUCCAGCGAGAGCUGUUGGAACUGCGGGCGCAAGGCAAGCGAGACCUGCAGCGGCUGUAAUGCCGCGCGCUACUGCGGCUCCUUCUGCCAGCACAAGGACUGGGAGAAACACCACCACGUGUGUGGCCAGGGCCUGCAGGGCCCGGAGGCCAUGGGCACUGACCCCAUCCCCAGGCAGUCCGAUGAUGCAGCCGCCAGCCUGGGCACCUCCCUACCCAUGGGCUCUACCAGCCCCAGCGAGGCCGGCUCCACAGGGCCCUCCCGCCCCUGCUCCCCCGGCCCUCCUGGCCCACUGGAUGCCGCACCCCGCUGA